CCAUUUCGAACAGCGGGCUGCCGGCCGUCGGCGCUGCCCCCCACACGCAUAGAAGGGAAGAGCGGGAGGCAGCCUUACACAAAGAGGAUGAGGCAGCUCUUCCGCCUCGACGCCGGCCGCGGGUCUCGGGACGCGGCGGCUUUUGCUUGGGAGCCGCGGGGCAAUUACUUAGCGGCGGGCGGCGAGCCGGGCCUGGUGCACAUUUAUGACCGCCACGGCGACCAUGUGGCGGAGAUCACGGGCGAGACGACGGCUCCUGUGAAAGCUUUGGCGUGGGACCGGGACGGCGACUGCUUGGCGAUCAUGCAGGAUCGAGAACCCACCAUCAGUCUGUGGGAUUCACAAAUGAAGACCGUGACGAAGCUGGACACGGCUCUCAAAGAUCCCUCGUUCUUCUGUUGGUCGAAGACGUCUUCCCAACUCGUUGUUGGUAAUAAGAACGGGAACAUAUUAGUGUAUGAUCGAAGAACGAGGAAGAAGGUCUCCGUGCUAGGCAAGCAUCCGAAAAAAAUCACGUGCGGCUGCUGGUCAGCUCAAACAAAUAAAUUGGCGCUUGGGUCCGACGAUCGCACUUUGACGCUGUCCAACGAGUCGGGCGAUACCCUAGAACAGACGGAACUCAAACACGCCCCCAUCGACAUGCAGUUCGCAACCCAAAAACGCGACGCGGCUUCCGAUGACUCGGAGACGCAUCUGUCCAUCAACAUGGGCGGCAAAAGUUUACUGUUAUACGACCUCAAGGAGCCCGACAACCCGUUGGAACUAGCUUUUUCCUCAAAAUAUGGCUCGAUCAUCGCGCACACGUGGUUCGGCGACGGCUUGAUGUUGCUCGGUUUUUCGGACGGGUAUGUCGUGGUCAUCUCGACGUCGAUGCGGGAAAUCGGCCAAGAACAAUACAGCGGACAGUUCCACAAGAAGCGGUUGGAUUCCAUCGCCUAUUCGCCGGCACUCAAUUACGCUGCUGUCGCUGGUGACGGCGGCAUCAAGCUCGUGGACCUGUCGACGUUCAAGGAUUUGAAAAAGGAAACUGUUUCCGAUUUAGACGGUUCGAUUGCGAAGGUCGAGUGGUCGCCUGAUGGUCAUGUCUUAUGUGCCUCGACGAAGCGUGGACAAGUGGCUACGUAUCUCGCAAGGAUGCCUUUGGUUCAUGGCGCUUGCGGCGAUACGGUCGCUUACUUGUCUUCUUUGAGGGAGAUCACGCUGGUGAAGUCUGGAACACCAGAAGACGACCAGAAUGUCAUCAUACCCGUGGGGCUGGAGCCGUCCUACCUCGCCGUGGGGCCGAAGCACGUCGGAGUCGGGAUGAACAAUGCCGCUUUGUUCUACGACAUUUCCACGAAGGAAGAGGUGCACAAGGAGGAAUACAACGGACGCGUCUCGCAGAUGUCGAUCUCGGAGUCUCAUUGCGCAGUAUUGAGUGGAGGCCGGGUCACGCUGCACGCCAUUGAUGGGUCUCGGCGUCGAACGUUCCCAGAUAGGGAUUCGGGCGACGACAUGGGGGAUAAAGUGACGGCAUUAGCGUUGACGAAGGACGUGUUGGUCUACGGCACGAAGUCGGGAAUGGUGCACUUCUUCGCGAUCAACCCCGAGGGACCCUUACCCGGCGUCGAGCUCCGACACGAGAGGGCCAUCCUGAAGAUCGUCCCCAAUGUCAAAGGUACACGAUUUAUAGUAGUGGACACGUCCAAGAAUGCCUAUGUCUAUGCGCCGACGACUUCAGACUUGACACCCAUACCUUCUUUUCCAAGGGACUUUACGUCCGUGAUCUGGGAGGUGAUUGAUCGGCACGUGUUUAUUGUAUCAAGCCCGUCGGAGUUGCAUACGUAUGCCUAUGCACCACAGACAGUAAGAGGCGCCGUCGUCGCUAAGUUGGGAGCCGUUGAUGUCUCUGAAACGGGCGGCGUGACGAUGCGACCGAAAGCUUCGCCGCUCCACCCGCAAGGCUUGGUGCCCGUGUGUUCCCACGACGGCACGAUCACGUGCCAGACGUCCGGAGGUACGCUCACGAAGAUCCAGUGCCCUCUCUACGAACAUAGGGAUGACGACGAUGCCACUCCAGAAUUACAUUUUUGCCAGAACCUAGCUCUGUUGCGGUUGAAGGACGCCUGGAACGCGGCCAUCGACAUCAACAAGCGGCCCUACUGGCUGGCCCUGUCGGGCAAGGCCAUGGAUGUGCUGGACGUCAACAUGGCGAUACGAGUCUACCGGCAGCUCGGCGACGCGGGCAUGGUCCUCGGGUUGGAAAGAAUUAAACCUUUUGAGGAUACCAACCUACUAGCAGGACACAUCUUGUUAUUAUUCCAGGACUACGACGCGGCGCAGGAUUUAUUUUUAGCGAGUACGCAACCUCUCCACGCGUUGGAUAUGAGAAGAGACCUCUUACAUUGGGAGCAGGCCCUGAAACUAGCUCAUUCGUUAGACCCGGCCCAGGUCCCGGCCAUUUCCUGUUCCUACGCCCAACAGUUAGAGUUCAAGGGCGAGUACGACCCCGCUCUAAGGGCAUUUGAGUCCGCGAAAAAGGCUAUUGAUAGGGCGUAUCAACGGCGGGUCGAGGAGAAGGAGGAGGAUCUGGAGGGCGAUAUGAUGAGGAAGAAAUGUUUAUGUGGCGUGGCGCGGUGUACGCUGCAUCUCGGUGAUCUACGGAAGGGUAUGACUUACCUCCGAGAAGCCGACGACAAGAUACUGUAUCGGGAUUGUGCGAAGAUAUUGGAGGAUAUGAACCAACAUUCCGAAGCCGCGGGUCUCUAUGAAGAUGCGGAGCACUGGGAGAAGGCCGCGGCCAUCUAUAUUAAGAAGCUCGACUUUUCGCGGUGUGCUUCGGUUAUGCCGAAAGUGACCCUACCGAAGCUGCACGCCCAGUACGCCAAGGCCUGCGAAGCUUCCGAGAGGUUCCAGGAAGCGGUACAAGCCUACGAGAACGCGCACGACCUGGAUUCUGUUGUGAGGUUGCAUUUGAACCAGCUGAACACGCCGGAGCGAGGCUUCGAUAUUGUGCGACGAACGCAAUCCUCGGACGGCGCGCGACUCGUCGCCAAGUUCUGCCAGGACCAUGGGGAUUUCAAGGGCGCCAUCGAGUUUUUGCUCAUGGCUAAGGGCACGGAGGAGGCCUUCGAGCUCGCGAAGCUGCACAACCAGGUCGAGAAGUACACGGAGGUCCUCGGUGAUUCGAUCAGAGCGGACGACGCUCUGAAUGUCGCCCAGCACUACGAGAAGAUCAACGAGCCCGGUCUGGCCGGCAAGUACUAUGCGUUGUGCAACGACUAUGGAAGAGCGUUGAAACUCUUCAUCAAGUGCGGCGAGAAGGAGGUGCACGCGGCCAUCGAUAUUGUGGGCAAAGCGAGGAACGACGCCCUGACGCACACUUUAAUAGACUUCCUCAUGGGCGAACCGGACGGCGUCCCGAAGGACCCGAAUUAUAUUUAUCGGUUGUACAUUGCCCUUGGUAACUAUCCGCAAGCCGCGAAGACGGCGGUCAUCAUCGCCAAGCAGGAACAGGAGUUGGGGAACUAUGCGCAGGCCCACGCUAUUCUGCAUGAGACCAUCGUUAAGUUACGGGAACAAAAAGUGCACGUGCCGCAGGCCUUGAGGCACCCCUUCGUGUUGCUGCACUCUUAUGUCCUUGCGGGUAAGUUAGCUAGACGAGGCGAGCAGGAUUUAGCAGCAAGGAUGUUGCUACGAGUAGCCAAGUCCAUUUCCAAAUUCCCGGCGCACGUCGUGCCCAUCCUCACUUCUGUUGUAGUAGCCUGCACGAAGGCCGGCCUGAAACAGUCGGCCCACGAGUACGCUUUGCAGUUGAUGAAGCCCGAGUACCGGUCGAAAAUAGACGCGAAGUUCAAGCGCAAGAUCGAAGCCAUCAUCCGAAAGGCCCAAGAUUUGGAUGAAAUCGCGGAACCCACGUCGAAGUGCCCCGUCUCGUCGCAGCAGAUCCCGAUCACCUCGUUAGAAUGCCCGACGACGCAGGAGGAGCUGCCCAUGUGCGUCGUGACGGGGCGGCACGUCGAGAAGGAGGACUUCUGCGUCUGCCCCAAUUCGAGGAUGCCGGCUCUACGGUCGCACUAUCUACAAUAUAUCAAGACCGAAGGCGCCGCGGCUCGCACAAGAGCGAUCGCCAACGAGGCCAAGGGCGGCGAGCCCGUCAAGGGCCAGCUCGAGGUGCUCGAUCCCGUCUGCGGCAAGCCCGUGAUGGCGUCCGAAUUAACACUGAUGGCGCCGGAGGAGGUCGACGCGUUCCUGAAGGAGUGGGCCAAGUAAGUAGACUUGAUGGGUA